UGUUGUGACUGAGGUUCAGCCGGUGUGUUUGACAGCCUGUGCGGUGUCUUAACACGGCGAGGAGUUUACAGAAUGAGAAUUAAAACAUGGAGAUUAAACACCUGUAAUAUCUGAAACCCCGAGUCAGAACUCAGCUAUGAAACUCGCCACUGUGGCCUUUUACGGGUUUGCUCUGGGGCUUCUGGCGGUUGGCCUGCGAGAGUUGCUGACUGGCUUCGAGGAGAACCGAUGCAGUAUGACCUAUAUGUUUGAAUACCCAGAGUACCGGCGCGUGGCUCUGCCUCGGCGUGUGGCCAGGCUGUACCCAGCGUACGGCCUCUACCUGUAUGGAGAGGGUCUGUACGCCCAGGAGACCCGGUCGCUCAAACUCACCGGUGCCCCUGUGCUCUUCCUGCCCGGAAAUGCAGGCAGCUACAAACAAGCUCGCUCCCUGGGCUCUGUGGCCCUGAGGAAGGCUGAGAACAUGGAGGGAGGUCUCCACUUCAACGUGUUCACCGUGGACUUCAACGAGGAGCUGGUGGCCCUUUACGGCGGCAGUUUGCUCAGGCAGACCCACUUCCUGCAUGAGAGCAUUAAGGCUAUCCUGAGGCUGUACAAGCACCUGAAGACCCCCCCUCAGAGUGUGGUGCUCGUUGGUCACUCCAUGGGAGGAGUGGUGGCCCGGGCGCUGUUCACUUUGCCCCGCUUCAACGCCAAUCUGGUCAGCCUGAUCAUUACGCAGGCCUCCCCCCACCUGGCUCCAGUGCUGGCCCUGGACCCGUACCUGCUGGAUUUCUACUCCGCCGUGAGACAGAAGUGGGUGAACCAUGCCAAAAAGCUCAGGAAUGUCACAGUUCUGUCUGUUGGGGGUGGUUACCGUGACUAUCAGGUCCGCUCGGGCCUGACAUCCCUACCUUGUCCCCCAGCAGACCCCAAUAAGUUGUCAUUGGUGGCAACUGCCGUUCCAAGGACCUGGGUGUCCACUGACCAUCUGUCCAUCGUUUGGUGCAAAGAGCUUGUUCUUGCUACUGUCAGGGCAUUCUUCGACCUCAUCGACCCUGAAACCAGACAGUUCACAGUAAACCCAGAGAAGAAAAUGGCUGUACUAAACCAUCACUUCAUCAGACACCCUGUCAGGAUGCUGGGAGAAACUCAAGACACCUCCAUCUCCAUCUCAGAUUUUCCUGAAGCAUGGAGCGAAGUUAACACACUGCGUCUGGCUUACAGCACACCAAAGGAAGGACAGGUCAAAUACUUUCUCUUUGCAUUGUCGAGUCGCAGGAAAGCCUACAGCCAUUUCUACUGCCGGAGCAACAACAUGGAGAUGACUAGCUGGGUGUAUGGCUGCAUGCAAAAGAACGGUCCUUCAUGUGUGCGUGCAGUGGAUCUGUCCAUGGGAACUGAGCUCCUGCCACCAUACAAGGUCCUGAUUCUGAGUCUCAGUGACUUAUCUUCAGUUACUCAUCUGGUUGUUUCGGCCUCCAACCUCAAUGGCAAACAGUUCACGGUGGAGUGCGAGUGGCAGAGACAAGAAUCUCAGACCGUGUCUGUCCCCGCGCCACACGUUCUGUCCUUCGGUUUGACUGUCAGCGAUGUUUCCGUCAACUCCUCUGGACUUCUUCACACCAUCAAGCUGCAAGACUUUGACCAGGUCUACCAGGCUUUCCGAAUUAACGUCGCAAGCCAGUGCAAAGUACAUAAAGAUAGACUGCCCAACGUGUACAGAAUAAAUGUACCGUGGUUUCGAGAGGACUCUUUAACCACAGCCAGUGUGCCAUCAGUGACCGAGAUCUCAGGGAUGCUCCACACAAGUCGUCCAGACAACACCUCAGGCGUCCUCCUCCAGCUCCACACUGCCCCCAACUGCCAAUAUAAGGUGUCAGUAAGGACUUCAUUACCCAGGGUGCUGGGACAGGUACAGCUUUCUUGUGGCCCCCUGGUGCCGGUCUACACCGCUGUAACCCUCCUCCUGGCCUGUGGGGGGCAGCUGUCCUCCAUCCUGGAGUCGAGGCGAGCGGCAGACAUGAGCCAGGUGGUGGGCAAAGGCCUGCAGCUUCAUAAAGUCAAUCUGCCCGUUUAUAUUCUGCACAUGUUACUUAGCUGUAGCUGGUUUCAAGAGAUCUGGUCAAUUCUUUACCUCCCCCCAAUGGAUGUCCUCCCCCCGACCACCCCCGAUGCAACAUUUCAUGAGGGAGUGGUACCAGUGGAAGAAUGGCCCCACCUCCUGUCCCCUCUGCUUUACAUCUUGGGGGCAGCCGUGGCAUACUGGGGCAGCGCACUGCUCCGUCUCAUUAUGCGACUGAUCUCACUAAUAUUAGCUCCCCUACACAGACCGUCUGUCUCCAGAGACUGUGGCACUGUGCCACUGCGGAGCCAGCUCCUCAUCACUCUCUGUCUGACUGUUGUGGGUGGGCUGUCCUGUGGGCCGUUGGCAAUCGUUGCUGCCUUUCUGCUCCACCUUUACAGGGUACUGAGGCUGCAGAUGACCGAACGGUCCUUGAGUCACAUGUUGAAUCUGGCACCCCAGAAGCGCAAAGAAGUUGAGAAUGGCACAGUGGAUGCCAAAUCCCUGAGCAAGUCUAAAGAAUGUAAUGGCACCCCCCUGCUGUCCGAGUGUGCUCUGCAGGAGGUGAGGGAUGACCUACAGCUCCACCUCUGCCUAUCGGCGCUCUUCACACUACCCGUCAUGCUCCUCGCACCUUCGCUCAUCCACUGGAUCCGCAACCUGAGGUAUUCCACCCAGUUGGAUCCUGACCCCUGUUGGCCACACGCUGUGCCUCUAAUCAUUGUGUACAUGCUGCUUAUUAACUGCAACACUUUAAAACUCAGCAACAGUAAACUCCUGCCUCUGACAUCCUGCCUCCCUCUCCCCUUGUCCAUCGCCAUGGUGACCUUCUCGCCACUCCACCUCUACAGAGUCACCUACUUCCUGUUGGCGGCACUCGUCCCUCUGGCCUUGUGUUGCGUGCUCUGACGGUAUCGGUCUGGUUUCAGUCCACGUCUCUACCAUAACAAGCCUUUCUCUAAAUUACAGCCGGACUCGCUGAAGCUGCCUGAGACUGUUCCAGGAAGACCUACUCUAUCUAGCUGCCAUGGAGCAGAGCCAUAGACAUACAUAGCUUGGGGAACUGUCUGCUCAGUGUUAGCGCUAAGAGCUCCAUGGCAAUUACACUAUGUUUUAAGAUGAGAGGAUGUAAUGGCCUUGGAACAUUUGGUGCAAAUAUGGCUCCAAUGGACUGACCUGAAACCAAGUUUGCCUUACUCUGUAUAUCUAUAGCUCUGCCUUCAAGGAGCAACAACUCCACAACCAGUGAAGCUACUGAUACUAGAGAUUCUCAACAGGGUGUUACUCUUACAAUGUGUGUUCUUUUAGUUCUUUUGUUGUUUCUAGUGUCUACAGUGGCAUUGUUCACUGCGGUCACUACUCUGUAAACUCCUUCACUGCCUGCUGCUUAGCGAUGACUUCUAGCUGUGUGUUAUAUUUACCCAUUGACUGUCGUAGCACUGCCACCAAACCAGUGUCACACAUUCGUUCAAGAAGAAAAAUCCAAAGUAAUGUUGUUUACAUUCUCUCAUUAUCACCUUUUGCUACACAACGGUGACGAAAUGAAGGUGCACUGUUAAAGGCUGUAGUGCAUGUUCUAACAGGUUCUAAUCCCUCUCGUAUUUUUUUCGAAGAAGAGAAUUAUGAUCUACUCCGUGCUCUCUAAAAUACAUCGGUGUAGCCAAACAAUGUUUUGAAGGUGUGGCCAGCCUGCGAGCUGCAUUCAUUUUAGGGUGGCACAUAAAUCUGUAUCUUGAUAA